AUGGAUGAAGGAGAUUUACUUAAUUCCGCGGCAGACUACAUAAAUAAAAAUGCCACACCAUUGACAAAAGAACUAAAAUGGGGUGUUGCAAAGAAAAAUCAAACAGAUACAUCAAAUAAAAGUUUUAUUUCUCUAUGUGAAAUCCAAAAUAAUCUCUGUGCAACAACAGACGGAGAAAGCAUUCAUAUUUGGGAUAAUUUAGUCCAGAAAACAAGUAUUAGACUGAAAUCAAGCGUUUUAAUCUUUGUCGAAAAAUUAAAUCAAUUAAUAUCUUUCUCAGACGAAAUUCCUUAUUUACAUUUCAUUGCAGUGUAUCCACCAUUCACAACAAGAAUGCAUCCAUUCGAAUUUACUCAAAAGAAAAUCUCAUAUAUGGUUUAUUUUGAAAAAAGUAGCGUUUUAUUAAGUGCCGGAGAUGGAAUUAUGCUUACAAGACUUAAAUUUCCUGAUAAUUUUAAGCAUUCUAAUCCUGUUCCAGAAAUUUUACAAUUUGAAAAAAUUAUAGAUUUAUAUCCGAACGAUCAUUUUACCAAUAUACAUCAUCCAUUUGUAUCAAAAAAUCGCGAAAUUUUUUUUGUUCAACAAAAUUUUACACUUUUUAUUCAUCAAGUUUCAAAUGGUGACGUAAUACAUCGAAUUAACAAAAUACCAUCACCAUUUCUGAUGUUUGUAAACUAUGAUGAUGCUCUUGAUAAGAUUAUUACAGCAAACCAUGAUGGUUUAAUUUCAGAAUUUAAAUUUAAUUUCAAAGAAGAAGAAAUUAACUUCGAUUCUCUAGAAAUUAUAAUGCAGCACAAGUAUUCAAUUGGAACUCCAAUAUAUGUACGCAUCUAUGACUCUUAUUUUAUGAUAGUAAUCACAAAAGAAAGAAGAAUUUACACUAUUUCAUUAAAAACACAUGAAAUUUUAGAUACAGAUAUAAUUAUAGAGAACCCUAUUGACUUUAUCAUGCGUAAAAAUGGAAUUUACGUCUUGUGUCCGAUGAAUAUUUUCGAAUAUCGUUCAAAUUUCUUUACAACAUUUGUCAAAGCAGAAACAGGAAAAAUCACGAAUUUGACACGAUGCAAAUCAAUCAAAAACGCUUCUAGAAUCAUGUAUCUCACGAAUAAUUCAAGUCUUACUAUGAUUUCUCCACGAUCUAAAGCAGAAUUAUACAAAGUUAACAUUCAACGAGGAAUGAGAGAAAUAAUUGAUGUGAAAUAUCCCAGAGAUUUGUUUUGUGAUGGAGAGUAUCUUGUUUCUUUGAGAAAUAGCGAUGAUUUAUACAUUCUUUUCGCUCAAGGACCUCUUCUUGAUAUCAAUUUAGAUAAUGCUUCCCAAUUCGGAACAAAUAAAGAUGCAGGAGCUUUCAUUUUACCUUCAAAAUUUUCUCCAACAACUGUUUUAAAUAUUCCACCUGAAAUCAGAUUUAUUUAUUUUGUUCAUAUCGAGAAAAAAGGAUUUCCUAAUUCUAUUUGCGCAAUUACAAAAAAUGGUUUAGUUUGUUUGUUCACUUUUACAAAUUUGCACUUUUUCCAACAAUUUCAUUUGAAUUUAGUUGCUGUUUAUUCUGUCUGUUUCUCAGGAAGCACCCAAAAAUUAAUUGUCUGCCAUCAAAAUGGAUUAUCUAUUGUCGAUCCAUUUUUACAAGUAACUGUUGAAACUGUGAAAUCAAACAUUUAUACACAAAUGAUUUUUGUUGACAAAAACAAAAUUUUUUGUGGAACAAAUAACGGUUUCGUAGAAUUAAGAGAAUAUCCAAGUUUAAGGUUAUUAUGUAGUUCAAUGAAAUACAAUGCAAUUCAUAAGAGGAGUGAAGAAAUAUUAAGUGUAGAUUAUUGUGCACAAAGAAACAUUGGAAUGUCAUUUGUCAAAAGUGGUGAUAUUUUUAUUUACGAUUUGAAUGACUUGUUUCCAAUUGCACAUAUUGAAUUUUGUUUUGAAUUGACAAGCUGUUGUUUUCUUAAUGGCCAUGGAAUACUUUUGAUAUCUGCUUUUGACACUAUUUUUGAAAUUUCUUCGAAUCUUUUGUACUCCAAAAAAUUGGUGUCAAGAACUUUGCAGUACGAUGAUUUCGACAUGAGAGCAGAUCCUUUCGAAAUGUCGCUUAUGAAAAGUGAAACUAGUGAAGUGAAAAGUAGUCGUCCUUACUAUCAAAAAACAGUCAGUUUUGACAUUAUAUCACCUGAUACUUUUAGAGAUUUAGAAGUUGAUCUUUUCGAAUUUCCAAAACAUUUUUAUUUUGAAAAAAGUGACAAAAACAAGUUGACUUCACUUUCUGUUUAUUCCAAAUAUGAUAUUGACAAAAUAUGGAAGAGGAAGAAAGUCACAGAAGAAACAAUCGCAAUACAAGAAGAAAAACCAGAGGAAAACAAAGAAAAUGAGGUUCAAGAGAAGAAAAUUGACAAAAAUCAAAAGAAAAAGAAGAGAAAACAAAUCAAACUCUUCAAUAGUGAUGACGAUGAUGAAGAAAUUAAACCAAAAUCUAGAAGGAAACCUAAAAAUGUUCAUGUCAGGAAAAGUGAUAAAAAUAUUCAGAAUCAAAACGGUUUCUUUGUUGAAAAUGCAAAUCCUGAUGAUAAGAAAUUCAUUACAAUAAAAACCGAUAUUCCAAAAGUGUCAGCUUCAUCUUCAAUGUCAAAAAUUUCAAAAGGUGAAUCAAUUUUUGAAAAGUUGAACAGACAGUCAGCACCACCAAAGCAUAGACAGGUUUACCAGAAAGAAGAAGAAUUGCCAGUGAAAUCACAAAAGGUUACACAAUUCAAAAAAGCGACACAAAAAAUUUCCAAAACAAAAUUUUUACCAAAAAGUGAAAAAUCAACUUUUUUACCAAAGAAUGACAAUAAAAAUACUAUUAUUGUGAAACCCAAUACUAAUGUGUCUCUUGCUGAUAUUAAAGAUCACAUUUUGGGCCCUGUUGAAUCCAAUACCCAAAAUUCGGAAAAUAUUAAAUCAGAAAAUGAAGAAAUAAGUGGACAACUCAACAAUGAGAACGUUGAUAAUACAAAUAUAACUCAAAGUCCUCAUGAAAUUCGUCAAAAAGAAGAAAAUCAAAUUUCGGAAAUUUCGAAUUUCAAAGUUCAUCCACCAGCAUUGGCUGUUGAAGUCUCUACAAUCAGUCCUUCACUAAAUAUCUUUGUUGAUGCCCAGAAACAGACAUUUUCUAAGUCUCAAACAUUUAAUCCAAGAUUAUCUCAUAAAAAGAAGAAAAAGAAGAAAAAUGUUACUUUUGCGCCAGAACUAAAAGUAACACAUAUAUCGGAUGUUCAUAAUUCCGGUAUCAAGGACUAUAUUUAUGGCGAAAUUAAUGACUAUGAUGCAGAAAUUUUUACAAAAUAUGUAAUUGACGGUUUUGACACUCCUUUCAAAGGAUAUCGUUUUCCAAUUGAUCCGUCAAACACUUUAGAUAAGCCAGAAGAGAACAAAACAGAUGUUGACCGUGAAAACUUCAUGAAAGGAAAGCAAGGAUCACUUCGAAAUCCAAUAGAAAGAAAAGAAGUAAAAAGUGACAACGAAAUUGAAGAAGAAAAAGAAGUUAGAAGAGGAAAUGACUUCCUCUUCAUUACUACGCAGAAAACAGAUAAGGCACACCAUACUUCUAGAAUUAGAGAACCUCUUGAUGACACUUCAAGAGUAAGAUUUUCUCAUUUCAAUAAGAAAUAG